AUGGCAUCCCAAGCCAAUGGAAACUCUGUAAAAAGAUUCAUUACAACUUCGAAUUUUAACGAUGAAGAGGAUUCAUCAAAGGCGGUUACCCCAUCCAACAACAACGUCCAUGUAUCUGAUGAAGUCUCAUCCAACAAUAACGUCGGUGGGCCCAAUGAAGACGUAGAUGUACUUGAAGCGCUGCUGAUAAAACUACAAACGAUCGAAAUGAAUCAACAAAUAUUGAGCGAAAACCAAUCGCUGAUAUGUGAAAAAUUGAAUUAUAUUAUGGAAAAUUCCACACCCAAAUGCGAAACAUCGGCACAGCACCAGUUAUUACGGGAAUGCAAAGUCUCGAUUAAGAAGGUAGAACAUUCCGUCUGUCGAAUGACAGGAGAGCUGAGAGAUAAGCAUAUGGACGAUGUUGCGAGUGCAUUGCCUCUCCAGACCUCAAUAGCAGUGUUAAAUGUGGAGGACAAUCUUAAAAUACCGGAGUACGCGCGGGCAAUGGUAAUUGAGGUGAAAAUUUAA